AUGGCGCGUAACGAGGAGAAGGCGAACGCCGUGCUAAAUCGCUUCUGGGCCGCGAAGCAGGAGGAGAAGCGCAAGCCGCGGGAGAAGCGCCCGUUCCUCGCGUCCGAAUGCCGCGACCUAUCAGACGCCGACAAGUGGCGGCAGCAGAUCUUACGCGAGAUCGGACGGCGAGUAACGGAGAUUCAGAAUCCCGGUUUAGGCGAGCACCGUCUAAAGGAUCUAAACGACGAGAUCAAUAAACUCAUACGAGAAAAAGGGCACUGGGAGAAACGGAUAGUUGAGCUUGGCGGUCCGAACUACGCGAAACAAGGGCCCAAGAUAACUGACGCGGACGGUAAAGAAGUCGGCGAUGGAGACGAUGAGCUGCCGGCCGGCUCGGCGACCGGCAAGGGGCUUGGGUACCGUUACUUCGGCGCUGCGAAGAACCUGCCGGGUGUUCGCGAGCUUUUCGAGAAGCCAACGGCGCCGACAAAGAAGCGGAAUCGAUACGAGCUUUAUAAGCGUAUCGAUAUGGACUAUUACGGGUACAGGGACGAGGAGGACGGGAUCCUGGUGCGUCUCGAGGCGGAGGCUGAGCGGGUGAUUGUAGCGAAGGCGGUGCGGGAGUGGGAGGCGCUCGAAGCAGUCAAAGCCGAGGCGCGCCGCGCCGUGAAAAGCGGGGAGGAGGCUUCGAUCCGGGUCGAGGCGGAUCUGCUAGACGAGCUCGGCGCGCCUAUUGACGCCCGGGGGAUCGUCGUGGCGCAAGAGAGAGAGGAAGCGGAGGAGGAAGUGGAGGAGACGGAAGAGGAUCGCAGGCAAGCGGGGGAGCGCGCGCGGCGCGACGCGGCGGCGUCAGAUGCGGCGUUAGACGCGGCGGAAGAGGCGGCGCUGGAUGCGGUGGGCGGGCGGCGGUUCGUGGCGCAUGUUCCGCUGCCCGACGAGAAGGAGAUUGAGCGCAUGGUGGUGGCGAAAAAGAAGGCGGAGCUCUUAAGUAAGUACGCGAGCGCGGAGCUGGUGAAAGAGGAGCAGGAGGCUAAAGAGUUGCUAAACAUCAAGCGGUGA